AUGGCGGACUAUUUCUCGUCGUCUCCUCGUUUAAUUUCUCUACUUGUAACACUCUCCCUUGUGUCUUGCUCACCAAAUGUAGAGAGCCUUGCUAUACCGUACGCAACAGCAUACGGAGGCAGAAUAUGGAAGAACAAUAUCCAGUCUCUAGAUUUUUUGACACCGUCAUUUUACGCAGAUGCACUCGUCAGGUCGAUUCUUCUGAGCAGCAAUAUCUCAUAUAAUGAUAUGAAUCUGCAGUUUGGAUGUGGAUUCUUCUGCUAUGGCAGUCCUUGUGAUACAGGCUACCUGUUUGCAACUUUCUUUGUUAUCUACGAAGAUAAUGGUGUGCUGGCUGACAUGCAAACGGUGUGGAGUUCAAACAGAGACCAGAUGGUGCAAGAGAAUGCAACCCUGACACUCACCUCUACAGGAGAACUCGUGUUAAAAGAUUCAGAUAGCACUGUCGUCUGGUCUACAAAUACAUCCGCCCAAGCUUUCCAAAGGAUGGCGAUACACGAAUCUGGGAACCUUGUUCUCUUGAACACCUCCAAUGGAGUCAUCUGGCAAUCUUUUGAUUAUCCAACUGAUACAAUUCUGGUAGGGCAGAAGUUAAAGGUGGGACAGAAGCUUAUUGCAAACAUUUCUCCAAAGAAUACAAGCCAAGGUCGUUUCUAUUGUACCUUGCUUCGCGAUAGCUUUGCUAUGUUUACAGUCUCUGCACCGGGUAAAAUGUAUUUCAGAUAUCCCGAGCCGCCUGCAGGUGUGGAGUUAUCUUAUGCCCUGUUCGACAACCAGUCUGUCUAUAUUUAUUCUCAAGGAGGACGACCGCUGCCAAUAUAUUUAUCAGUACCCAAAAGCAGGCUUUACUUCAAAUUAGACUCAGAUGGACAUUUAAGGGUCUGCUCAGUCCUCCAAACAGCAGGAAGAACUUGCCCUGACUAUUUGCCGUCCUUUAUGAAAUCAGUGGCCGAGUGCGAUUACCCAAGUCCAUGUGGAGACUAUGGUAUUUGCAUAAAUGGUCAGUGCAGCUGUCCAAGAGAUGGCAAUGCUUUUAAACCGAUUGAUGUCACGAAACCUAAUUCCGGAUGUACUCUGCGCGUUCCUCUGGUGUGCUCAGAGAAAAUUAGGCUCAAAGAUCAUGACUUUUUGGAACUGGAGCACGUUUCGUAUUUUACUUACUUUUUUCAAAAUUCUUCCACGCCAGGUUUGCUGUCAAGAGAUGCAUGUAAAAAAUUUUGCCUCGAAGAUUGCUCUUGCAAAGCUGCUUUUUUCAGGUACGGGGUCAAUUUUUCUAGUGGUUUUUGCUAUCUAGAGUCCAAUAUCUAUUCUAUGAAAACUAACAGUCCAGUAGAUGAGUUUUACAAUUCCACUGCUUAUAUUAAAAUCCAGUCAAAGGGCAAGCACAUUAAGUACUUAGAUGUCGUCAUCAUUUGUGCUUCUGUGGGCGGAGCAAUAGCUCUGUUGAUCUUAUUGUGGGCAUGGAUAAAUAAGCAUCAAAAUAGCAGACAACAGAAAGAAAAGGAUGAAGAUGAAGGUGAGGAUGAUCAUGUCGAUUGGCCGGCAGGCUUACCAUUGCGGUUCUCAUGCGAAGAAUUAAGAGAUGCUACAAAUGGCUUUAGCAUUAAGCUGGGCAGCGGAGGAUUUGGUUCAGUUUAUGAGGGUGUUCUGUCUGACGGCUCAAAGAUAGCGGUGAAGCGUCUUGACAAAGCGGGACAUGGACAAAAGGGGUUCCGGGCAGAAGUGGAAACGCUAGGGAAAAUUGAUCAUAUUAAUUUGGUAAGGCUGAAGGGCUUCUGUGCACAGAAAUCCCAUCGAAUGCUUGUAUACGAGCAUUUACCAAAUGGAUCUCUGGAUAAAUGGAUAUUUUCAAACAAAAAGCAUCAACGUUUGCUCGACUGGAAGAGUAGAGCUAAAGUAGUUCUUGAUAUUGCAAGAGGAUUAACAUAUUUGCAUGAAGAAUGUCAAAAACGUAUAAUACAUUUCGACAUCAAGCCUCAGAACAUUCUCCUGGACCAGAAUUUCAAUGCGAAAGUGUCAGAUUUCGGCUUGGCAAAGUUGAUUAACAGAGAGCAAAGUGAAGUGAUAACCAUGAUGAGAGGGACACCAGGGUAUAUGGCACCUGAGUUGCUGAACAUGCAUAUCACAGAGAAGGCAGAUAUAUUUAGCUAUGGUGUUAUGGUGAUAGAAAUUGUCAGCGGAAAACGAAGCAGAGAGCUUUCAGAGGACGGCUUGUUUCCACUGUUAAAAAUGAAGGCAGAGGAAGGGAGGUUAAUAGAUUUGGUCUAUCCAGAACUUGAAAAUGAGGAAACGGGCGUAAAAGAGGAGGCAAUUAAAUUGUUAAAAUUGGGAAUGUGGUGUGUACAGGACAAUUUUACGAGGCGACCAGCGAUGUCUAUUGUGGUGAAGGCAUUGGAGGGUUUAAUAGACACGUUCAAUGAUGUUCCAUGCGCCUUAGCAGGGUCAACAGUUGCUUCUGAUCACCAGCCACUCUUCUCAUCUGACCUGUCCUAUGCUCCUACAACUUCCGUGUUAUCUGGACCUAGAUGAUUUGGUUAUUUUCUCACUUUCCUCUACAGGCUUUUCUUUACCGCUAAACCUCUGACCAUCUCUAUUUUGUUCCAGUAUGUCCGAAUGUGGAAUAGGUCUUUAUAGUCCGCCUAUAGUCAGGCAAUUGCUGUUAGCCCACGCUCAUACUAGGGUUCUGUCCUAUUAUCCCAGCUCUGUGUUAUAUGGAAUUCGCAUAAUUUGUCUUCA